GGAAGAUGGGGGCAGCCAGAGAGGAGGGAGACGUUCAGCCGAGACCACCGGGACCAUGACAAGAUAUGAUGACAGACAGUCACCGCCCCUGUGUGGUCUCUGGCACUGAUCUGACAGCAUGGGGCACAGUGGGAAGGGACAGCAGAGCCGCAAGAUGGCCAUUUUCGCCGCCAUCUUCAUCCUGACGACGCUGCUCAUCCUGUACAGCUCGAGCAACAACAUCGAGCCCGUCUACGCUCCCUUCCACAUGGCGGCGAACCACGCCAUCAAGACCACGGACCUGAAGAAGUGGUCUGGGAAGGACGGAUACGUUCCAGUUUACGGGAACAAGAACAUGACCCUGCUGUGUCAUCACUGCGCUCUGGUGACGAGCUCCAGCCACGUCCUGGGCAGCCAAGCCGGCGAGGAGAUCGACCGGACGGAGUGUGUGAUCCGCAUGAACGACGCCCCCACGUCGGGGUUCGAGUCCGACGUGGGGAACCGCACCACGCUGAGGGUGGUGGCCCACUCCAGCGUGUUCCGGGUGGUCCGCAGGCCCAACGACUUCCUGCACCACAUGGACGCCAACGCCGCCGUCAUUUUCUGGGGACCGCCGAACAAGAUCGGGAAGGAGGCCAAAGGCACGCUGAACAGGCUGAUCCAGAGAGUCAGCAUGACGUACAGCAACCUGUCCUGUUUCAGCAUCGCGCCGGUGAAGAUGCGCAGAUUCGACAGUCUCUUUCACAGAGAAACGGGCCGAGAUCGGCAAAAGUCUCACUCAUGGUUGAGCACAGGCUGGUUCACAAUGGUCAUCGCUAUUGAGAUCUGCGAUAACAUCAAGGUUUAUGGGAUGGUUCCACCCAACUACUGCGGAAAAAAGCCCGGUUCCAAAAAGCUGCCGUACCACUACUACAAACCCAGGGGAUCCGACGAAUGCCUCACGUACAUCCAGAACGAGAGCGGGCGGCGAGGGAACCACCACCGCUUCAUUACGGAGAAACAGGUGUUUGCACGCUGGGCGAAGCAGUACAACAUCACCUUCACACAUCCCAAAUGGUGAAAAAGGCCCGGCGACCCUCUGAAUGAGCGCCGGUUUCACUGCAGCUUCUGACUUUGGAAAGCUGCACGGUGGCACAUUUUCAGGAACUGCCCUGAAAAGUGAAAAGAGGAAUGUCUCUGAAGAGCUCUGCAUGUCCCACACUGACUCUCUGAAGCCGUCGGACAAGAGCUUUUGU